CAUCAGAGCGCUCAGAGACUCUCACGCCGACAUCUUGGCUAAGCUGAAGACGGCAAAAAGCUUCUACUUCGUGUUCCUCCACUUGGAUGUUAAAGGUGAUGUAGUCUGUGACCAUGUUGUCAUUCAGGCUGCUGGUCUUCACUCUGGCCUUCAGUCCUUCGUGUGUGCGCUCACGCUGGAGCUGCGAUAACCAUGUCUGUGUUCCUGACGACUUCACCGACGACUGUGGCGAUGCCAGCGACGAACAGCACUGUUCCGACUAUAAGAGGUGUGACUUUGAAGAAGGCUUGUGUGACCUGAUCCAAAGUUCAGAACCCUUUUCGAAGUGGAGCAGAAGCAGGAAGGUCUCAGCCAUCACAGGAGACCACAGCAGCAACCAAUCAGCAUACUUCCUGUCGCUUGUGGCCAGCACAGGAAGUGAUGUACGAGCACAAGUUUUAAGUCCAUCCUUUAUGGCGACUGACACCUGCCAGAUGAGCUUCUACUACCACGUCUUGGCCCAACAUGGAGCUCUGCAGGUUCUGACAGAGAGCAGUCCACUGGGUCACAGCACUGUGGUAUGGACACGGUCCAGUCCGACGACCGAGUGGCAGCACGCCGUCGUCGGUUUCAGCAGCAAGAGCACCUUUCACGUGGUGAUUAAAGGACAUCUAACAGCAGAAAGUGAUGCUUCAGAGGUCCUCGCCAUUGAUGACAUCUCCUUUAGUCCGCACUGUGUGCCCGUACCAGAGAACACCGGGCCCUCUCCUACCACGGCUUGUCCCCCCUCCUGGUUUGCAUGUGGCAGUGGGCCGUGCAUCGAGGACAGCAAAGUGUGUGACUUCACCCCGCAGUGUCCCCACGGAGACGACGAAAGCAACUGUCCUUCAGAGUGUGACUUUGAGGGUGACUCCUGCGGCUGGUACGAGCUCACCCUUGGCGACGGCUUUGAUUGGGUGAGGGGCUCAUCCUUGGAAGUACCCCCAGAGUACUACGGCCGCCCGCCUCCUCCGGACCACUCUACCAACAGCACAGAUGGUCACUUUAUGUUCAUCCUGAAGAACAGCAGCAGUCUUCAUCCAAGGGCAGUUCUCCGAGGACCAUGGUUCCAACAGUCGGCCUCGGGGUGCACCAUGACCUUUUGGCAUUACAACUCAGGCAUCUCAGUGGGGGCAGCCGACAUGUACCUCCGUAUCCAGGGAGUCAGGAACAACACCAUCAUUUGGAGGACCUUGUACGACCAGGGAACCCGCUGGAACCGGGUCAGCGUGCAGCUGGGUCGCAUCACACGGCCCUUCCAGAUCGCCAUGGCUAAAAUCAGCCUUGGCGUUUUUGACGGCAUCUCCGCCGUAGACGACAUCUCCUUUCACAACUGCUCCAUGCCGCCCGCCACAAUGGAGUGUCCUCCCCAUUCACAUUUCCACUGCACACGCACUAAAGCGUGCGUGGAGCGUCUGCAGCUGUGUGACCUGGUGGACGACUGUGGGGAUGGAUCAGACGAAGAGAACUGUUCUCCCGAGCUGCAGUGUAACUUUGAGACGGGGCUUUGCAGCUGGAAACAGGAGCAACGUGGCGCCGACGUCUUUGACUGGACCCGUAUUCAGGGCCCCACCCCGUCGUUCAAAACAGGGCCCUGGAAGGACCACACGGUGGGCACCAGCUAUGGCCACUACCUCUACAUCGAGUCGUCCGUCCCACAGGAGUUCAAGGACACGGCGGUGCUGCUGAGUCCGGCCUUCCAACCCACCCACCAGCGCGGUGACAACCUGUUUGACUCCCGCCACCCUUGCGUGUUCCGCUUCCAUUACCACAUGUUUGGAUCGCACGUCUUCUGUCUGGCUGUCUACCUCAGGACCGCCUCGACGGGCCGCGGCUCAUUGCUGUGGGUGGGGUACGGAGACCAAGGGAAUUAUUGGCACAGGAAGACUCUCUACCUCACCAGCGCUAGACCUUUUCAGAUUCUCAUCGAAGGAACAGUCGGCGAUGAUUUCAGAGGGGACAUCGCCAUCGAUGACCUCUCCUUCCUGGGUUGUGUCCCCUAUGAAGGAGAGCUCCCGCCGGCCAACGUCACGGAGCCUGCGGGGACCACGCCAGGCCCCACGCUCCAGCCUCACAGCUGCCCGCACGGGGAGUUUGCUUGUGGGUCCCCUGACGAGUGUGUCCCUCACUUUAAAGUGUGCGACUUCAGACAGGACUGCUCGGACGGCUCUGACGAAAGCGACUGUGUGGCACAGCAGUGUGAUUUUAAAGCUGGUCAAAGUUGCGGUUGGAAGAAUGCGGACGAGGCCCCGGUCUCCAUGCAUGCAUUUCGCUGGGCACCCGACCAAGGAGAGAGCAUUCAUGCUGGAGAACAGUAUCAUCGUCCCUUCACUGACCACACACUAGGCAGCCCUGAAGGUUGGUACAUGUGCGCCGACAGUUCAAACGGCGGCUACGGUCACACCAGCGACCUCCAGACGCCCGUCAUCUCCUCCACUGGGCCACAGUGCACCCUGGUCUUUUGGUACCACAUGGGCGGCUUCACCGUGGGUUCCCUGCAGGUGUUGCUGCGGCGCGGCAACGUCACUCACGAGGUUUGGUCUCAGACUGGUAACCAGGGUAACAAAUGGCGGCGAGGAGAAGUGUUCUUGGGGCUGUCACGUGACUUUCAGGUGGUGUUCCGAGCCAAGAGGGGUAUCAGCUACAUGGGCGACGUGGUGAUCGACGACGUCAGCUUCAUGGACUGCCCCCCUCCGCUGCCCUCGGCGUUGCCGUGCACGCCCGAGCAGUACGCCUGCGCCAACGGCCGCUGCGUCCCUCAGGACAACCUUUGCGACUUCAUCGACCACUGUGGGGACGACUCGGACGAGGACCCCUACAUCUGCAAGGGUUUUAGUGGACGCUGCAACUUUGAAUUUGACCUCUGCUCCUGGCACCAGUGCUUGAAGGACGACUUUGAUUGGCAGAUCAAAGCUGGCAGCACCCCCACUUUGGGCACAGGGCCGUCCACGGACCAUACUCUGAGAGACCCCGCUGGACAUUACCUCUACCUUAAGAGCUCCUUUCCCCAGGCGGCCGGGAAUACCGCCCGUGUAUCAGGGCCUGUGCUAAGCUACAGAAGCUCCCAGUGCAAGAUGCGUUUCUUCUUCCACAUGUCUGGAGACGGCAUGGGAACUCUGGCUGUGUUCAGGAAGAGUGAAGGACGUCUCGACCUGCUCCUCAACCUGACGGGAGACCAGGGCAACUACUGGCAGAUGACGGAGGUCCCGCUGAGCCACACCAAGGACUUCCAGGUCACGUUUGAGGGCAAAGUGGGCAGAAAUCCAAAGGGGGACAUCUGCUUGGAUGACAUCACCUUUUCACCAGGGUGCCUGCUGGCCUCCUCGACUGUGGCAGACGACAACACUCCACCUCUUCAAGGCUGGUGCUCUUCAGGCUUGCUGCCGUGUGACAACGGUCGCUGCUUCUCCGCUGGCCAACGCUGUGACUUCAGAGACGACUGUGGAGAUGGCACCGACGAAAAGCACUGCGGGACGUCCUGCUCCUUUGAGGAGGGCCCGUGUGGCUGGAAGAGCUCCCUGGCGGACAAUUUUGAUUGGUCCCUGGGAACGGGCUCGCUCCAGAGCAUACGACCGCCAUACGAUCACACUUUGAAGGAUGAAAACGGUCAUUUCCUCUACCUGGAAGCGACGCCGGUGGGACUGAAAGGCGAUAAAGCUCACAUCAGGACUUCUGUUUGGAAAGAGUCUAGUUCCAUUUGCAAGCUCUCCUUCUGGUACUACAUCUCCCACAAGGCCUCCGGAACCAUCCGCCUGCUCGUUAAGACAGAGGACGCCUUGUGGGAGGCGUGGAACAAAACGGGCCAUCAGGGGAACCAGUGGAACCAAGCCCAGGUCUCGCUGAGGAAACUGAGGAACUUCCAGGUGAUAUUCGAGGGCGUGCGUUGGCGGGACGUGAGCGGGGGCGCCGCCUUGGACGACCUGGAGUUUGAAGACUGCGCCCCCAGUGCUGCAGAGCUCACCAGCUGCCCUGCAGUCACAGACUUUGUGUGUCACAGCGGCCGCUGCAUCGAGUCCCACCUGGCGUGCGACGGCAAGGCCGACUGCGCUGACCAAUCUGAUGAGGAAAACUGUGAGGGAGUUUUUGCCACGCCGGGAGCUUGUAAUUUCGACAUGGAUGGAUGGGAGGAGACCUGCCAGCUCUCACAGGACACUGACGAUGAUUUUGAUUGGAGGAUCCGUGGCAGCAGCGAGGCAGUGGGAACUGGGCCACCUUCUGAUCACAGUCCAGGUGGCGGGGGGAACUUCCUCUACAUCCACUCAGCCGCUCAGAGAGAGGGCGACGUUGCCAAGGUGACGACCAUUAGUCCCUUUCCAGCCAGCGUCGGCCUGUGUCACCUGCGCUUCUGGUUCUACAUGCACGGCUCUGACAGGAUUGGGACGCUGAAGGUCUUCACCAAAGGACCCAGUGGAAUCCCACUGUUGAUGUGGGCGGUGGCUGGCAAUCAAGGCGCGCGCUGGACGUACGCCAACGUCAUUCUAUCCAACCCGGCGCCUUUCCGGGUGACCUUCCAGGCCGAAGUGGGCGGAGACAUGUGGACCGACAUUGCCCUGGAUGACAUCACCUAUUCAGCCGAGUGCCUGGCUGGAGGACCAGUGACCCCACAGCCUGUCACCUGCAGCGUGGACCACUUCCAGUGCGUCUACUCCUUCCAGUGCAUUCCUAAGAGCUGGCAGUGCGAUGGCCAGUGGGACUGUUUGGACAGGUCUGAUGAAGAGUCCUGCCCCACGGCGAUACCCGGCACCCUCCCUCCUCAGGGCGACUGUCCUGGGGGACACUACCAGUGUUCCAACGACCUCUGUGUCCCCGCCCUACUGCGCUGCGAUGGCGUGUCCGACUGCCCCGAUGGCGAGGACGAGUACGGCUGCCCCUUGCUGCAGUGUGAGCUGGGAGAGCUGCUGUGUGAAAGCCAGCCUGCUUGUCUUCCUCUCCACAAGCGCUGUGACCACUUUGCAGACUGUCUGCCUUUCCUCUCUGAUGAGUCCAGCUGUGAAGAUUGUCCUCCACGGUACUGCCUGGAUCACGGCUCAUGCCGUGUGGAGACGCAUGGACCUGUUUGCAUGUGUUUCCCAGGCUGGACUGGCAACCGAUGCCACGUGCGAGAGAAGCCGCUCGUCUCCACGCCGACGCCCCCCAAGCUUGAGGACACGCAGCUUGAUACGGUCUAUGCCGGCAUCGCCAUCGGAAUGCUGCUGCUGGGGUGCGGAAUAGCGGUCUGCGUCCUGGCUCUGUGCAAGAAGCGGUGCCGCGUGGCGAAACGGGACCAGACGGCCUAUGGAAUGAUGAAUCACCCCACCUUUGACUGGAGGGCAAAGCUCCCAAAGAGGGGGGGCCGCCACGCAGCCAAAGAGGCGGGAGGGCUCUCCAUUAGCGUGUACCCUUGGACCAGGGAGGCGGAGAGCUCAACCUGGAGAGACGCCAAGCUGUCCUUCGCCAACCCGCUCUACAGCCACGCCCACCCCGCCACCAGCUCCCAGGCUUGAAGUGAUGCACACGCACGUUGCACUCACACACGGAGGUCAGCUCUGAUGCAACUGGCAAGAAAAGCUUAAUUUCAAGCGGCGGUCGGUUUAAAUGACGGAACUUCAAUCACUUUACGGAAAUUAAAGCAAUUACAAGUAAAUCCUUUCUUUUUCCUGGUCGCUUCUCUUGUUGCCAGGUAGAAUUCAUAGGAACAGGACAUUAAACCUGAUUAUGAAAGAAACACUGAGGAUUAUGAGACAGGUUUAUUUCAGUUAAAGUUAAGUUAAAGUACCAAUGAUUGUCACACACACACACUAGGUGUGGUGAAAUUAUUCUCUGCAUU